GAUGAAUAGAGUUCACGGUCCAAUCGGAAUAUUUGCUCUCGGCUCGUCUUCACUCCUAUUGGUUGUCAUCGCCCAGCGAAUCAUGCCGACAUUGCUUGCCUUUCCAGUGACUAGCUAGUUGCUAACGUCAUAGUUGGCGAUUUUCGUUUGUUAUAUGACAUUAGCGACAAUAUCGUGACAUAUUAUUCACAGCGUAGCCGCAGUCGGAUACUGUACUGUUGACGGUCACGUAUAAUUCACGAGUUCUGUUCAUAUGGAGCGACGUAACUCGCGUUCUGCUACAGGUUCACUGUGUUAAGGAUGAUGAAUGGAACCCUGCCCUCACCUGCGUGGAGAUGACCUCCCACCCAGUUGGGAAUGGUCAGAAUGGGGCCAGAUGUGCCCCUUCUUAAUGAGUACAAGCAGGAGUUCUUCUGGAAGCGCUUUCCACAGACAAUAUUGGGGGGUCCACGUCUCAAGUUGGGUUACUGUGCCCCGCCCUAUGUCUAUGUUAAUCAGGCAGUCCUGUUCUUGACACCAUGGCUAUUUGGAGGGAUUGGUACUUUGCUGUGCCAGCUGCAGCUGCUGCAGGAACUCCAUGCUGCGGUUCUCGCUGGCAUGCUCAUGUUUGGUGCUGCCGCGGGAGUCCAGGCCCUGGCUCUGUAUGCUGCACGCAGAAAUGGCACAGUGGAAAGGCUGGGUGCACUGAAUGUUGGUGCUCUGGUUGAUGAAGAGGAGGUGGAAUUCACCCACUGUGUCGGCCCAGAGACACUCCGGUUCAUUGCUCCUGGGAAGAGGUUUGGACUGAACGUGGUUUUGCACACAGUACUGGCUGGACUGCUCUGUGGCUUUGGAACGUGGUACGUGUUCCUUGGCAGACUGACCACGCUCUACGGUGGCAUUGGAGCAUCCCUGGUAGUCUUUGUCCUAAGUUGGGUGACACUGUGUAUAGCUGAAUAUUCCCUCAUUGUGAACACAGCCACGGAGACGGCCACUUUCCACGCACAGGACACGUAUGAGAUCACCCCGCUCACACGUCCUCUGUACAUUUUUAUAUUCAUCGCCGUUGACCUGGCUCAUAGGUUUUCAGGUUCUGUCCCUGAGCUCCAGCUGGCCAGCCAGGUUCUCCAUGUGCUGUUCCUCUUCCUACCUCUACUGUGGGCCCUGGGUUUGCUGCCUCCUCUGGAUGCUCUGCUCCUCUGGGGCAUGGAGCAGGCUCUUGUCUUUGGCUUAGGAGGCUCACCCAUGUCCACUAACCUCAGGCUGCUGUUGAUGUUUGGUGCGUCUGUGGCUGUAGCUGUGUGUAAUUAUUUCAUCCCAUCGACAUUGGGUGUGGUUAUCUUCUCCAUCUCCACUGGAUUUUUGUUGAGUCUGGACCUCAGCCAGGUUGGGACGGUCUGCAAAGGUCCCAGACCAGGGUUUCAGGAUCGUGGAUUUGGCAGAGGAGUGUCUCCUCCUCCUCCAGGUUCGUUUGGAUGGAACCUGGGCUGCAGGGAGCUUUUCUUUUAUCUGAGUCUGUUACUCGUGGCCGUAGCAGAGGCAGGACUGUUGCAUCACUUCCUGGGUUCAGCUGAUUCCUACAGUCUGGUAACAGGACCCCAGGCUGUUGUCAGCUACCUACUCGUUGUACUUUUCUGUCUGUGCUGGGCUCUCAGAGAGAUCCAGGGAGCCUAUAUUUUUGGAGGAGUAUUUCUCAACCCUCUGUAUCCUAAAGGGAUGUCCAGUGUUCAGAAAUUCAAGCAGAGGAGUAAGGGAUUAUACACAGCUGCAGCGAUCAGAAGAGUCCUAAUUUACCUUGUGUCUCCUUUUGCGAUGGUUGCUUUUCUCUCAAUGGACAAAUCUCUGCAGCUCCUACACAGGGUUUCCCUCAGUGUGGGAUUCACCAGAGCCUUCAGAGUGGUGUGGCAGAGUUCGGAAGAUGCUCUCCUCCAAAUGGUGGUGGUGGUUCUGGUGCGACUCACAGCUGGGAGUUACAUGGUACAGGGGUGGGAGAACCUGGGAACUGGACUUCAGCUUCUUCUGGUGGGCCUGGUCAUUGACAGAUUGACCCAGUUCCUGGCCAAACUAAAGUUCACCCUCACAGUGUUGGUGACAUCGUGGACAGAGAAGAAGCAGCGUCGACAGUCAGCUGGAACACUCUUGGCUAUAAACGCUUCUCUGUGCCCUCUGCUGCUGGCUGUGGUGACCCUCUCUGCCCUGCUCUCCGCCCCACUGCUGCCCCUCUUCACUCUGCCCAUCUUCCUGGUGGGGUUUCCCAGACCUCAGCGCAGUUGGCCUGGGCCUGUGGGUACUGCCUGUCCCUGUACAGAUUCCAUCUUCUACCAGCAGAUGAGUGGAAGUCUGGCCUCGGCUAUGAGGAUGGCCUUCGCAAGGGGGUCACUGGGCUCUUUAGCCCCGGGCUCUCAUUUUCUUGGCCGCUUCCAGGACCGUAUGGUUUGGAUAAUGAUCCUGGAGCGAGGAUAUGGCUACUGUACAGUAAAUAUUAAGGGUCUGGAGCUGCAGGAGACGUCUUGUCACACGGUUGAAGCCCGGAGGGUGGAUGAGGUGUUUGAGGCUGCCUUCGAGCGCCCCGAACGUCUUGGUUUCACUCAGGGUUUCAACCUGCACUGGGGGAACGCUCUCACUCCCUGUGCCGCCCUCGCUGUUCGAGUCUACUCUGACGCUCGAAACGUUCUCUCUGGCAUCAUUGAUUCUCACGACAACUUGAGGAAACUUCAGGAGGACUUUCUUAAAGUGCUGGUCUGGCUGCUCCUGCGAUACUGCGUUCAGAGGCACAAAGGAUUUAUGUGGAUGAGUGAAGAAGGGUCGGGGAUUGGAGGAAGGAAGUCCCAGUCCUCACAGCUGGCCCACACUACCUGCAAACAACCACCGGAGGCAGUGAUUGUCGAAUCCAACGUGUCUUCUCUCAGGUUUAGACAGGAUAGCUCCAGUUUAACCUCCUUUGGCGAUUGGUCAGAUGAGGAUGACUUGUUUGGUCCUCAGCCAGCCAGGAGGACGGUGGCGUUAGUGACUGCAGAGGUGCAGCCAGGACAGACGGUGCUGCAGACUGGAGCCUCUCUGCCAGGUUCUGUGGAGAUGGACAGUCUCUUUGAAAACAUGGCCCUCUCCGCCUUACAGCCUCUGCAGCCUCUUGGACUGGGCAUUGGGAUGCCAGCAGUAGAUAAAGGCCGGAGCACGGAGGUCUUCAGAGACAGCCCAACGUCUGCCCCUCCACUGAACUUUAGCUGCCCUCAAUCUGAGGCGUUCAACCUACCCACGGGAUGGAGGACUGCACCCCUGCUGCCCUCCCGCCUGCUGCAGCUCAGGCCUCUGUUUCCCGAGGACUGGUUUAGGUUCACUUUAGGGCGCUGUGGGCCUGCUGUGCAGAGCGAAACCUCAGAGGACAUGUCCAAAGCCUUGAAGGAGGACGAGGCUUUGAAAGAACUGCAUGCACAGGUCGCCCUGUCUUGUCUCGUCUCACUCGGGGCAGAGUCGGCCUUCACCAGUCCCAGUUAUGUCUACAGGCUGUACUGUGGAGAUGUACCGUGGACAGAAGGACUGGAGUGGCUUUCCUCCAGUAAAGAACUUUAUCAGCUUUCCCUCCAAGCUUUCAGGUUUAGUUUUAAGCUACUAUUUGAUCAAGCGAGCUUGGGGCCCAUGGAGUCCCUGGAGGAGCUGUUCAACACUCUGGAGGAAUAUGAAAGGGACUGGUACAUCGGCCUGGUAACAGAGAAAGGCUGGCAUGACAGCGUCCUCCAGGAGAAGCCCUUCCUGUUUUCUCUGGGUCAUGACUUGGCUAUGGGUACCUACACCGGCAGAGUCCUGUCCCUGCAGGAGCAGCUGGUUCAGGUGGGCCGUCUGAAUGCAGAGGGGGUGCGAGGCCAGUGGGCAAACCUUUCCUGGGAGCUUCUGUAUGCCACCAAUGACGACGAGGAGCGGUACAGCAUCCAGGCCCACCCAUUCAUGUUGAGAAACUUAACUGUUCAGGCGGCCGAUCCUCCUUUAGGAUACCCCAUCUACUCCUCAGCCCCUCUUCACUUCCCCUGCCUCUGAACGUGAGGAGUUAUUUCUGUUACCCCCCCGCCCCCUGCAGCCAGUUUCCUUCUUCUGAUGUUCUUGAUUGUCAUGACGUUGAUGUAAAAACCAGCAAAAUCUUGAGUUCAGACGAGUCAUUGUCCACUUGUGAAGGAGAGACUUUGCUUUUGUCCCAUGUUUUGACCUAUGUGGUGCUUUAAGAAGUGAUAUAAAAACACUUUGUUCUCAAAAACAGAUUUCUAAAACAGGAUUUAUAAAUCUGACAAAAAAUAUUAUCCUUAAACGGUUUGAAAACUUAAAUUUGUCCAACAACAACAUUUUAUUAAUAACUGUGUUUAGAAAAAGUCAGAACAUUUUCCCAACGUCCCUGCCCUUCAAUCUCAAAGAAUACCUCUGGUCUUUUAUUGUACUUUUUAGACUUAUCAGAAAUAUCAGGCUCUACUUCCACUAAUGGAAUAUGAGUUUUCCUAAAAGUGUCAAGGAUGUGCCUUGAGUAUGAUUUAUUGUGUGUGUGUUGUGUUUAGUGCUACUGUUUUGUUUACACUUGUUUACAACGGAGAAAAAAACCCCUACAUGUCUAUAGUCUCUUGUACAUACUGUUCAUUUUUAUAUGUGAAAGUGUAUAUACUUAUAAUAAAACUCCUUCGCAAAAGA